CCCCUCCCCUCCCCGCGUGGUUCCUGCAGGACCCGAUGCCGUUUGCGUUCAAACAGAAGGGGGAACCAGACCAAGACCACAUCUUGCCCGGGGGGUAUGAACACUCGACAUCCAUCACUGCUCAAUUCGUGUCCAAUCUGGGCAAAAACAAAGACAUGACACCGAUGCCAGACCUGCUUUGGAUGAUAUUCGACCUGCAGAACACGGCGCUGGUGCGUGGCGGAGCGGACAAAAACGGGGAUAAGAAGAUUUCCAAAGCGGAACGGAAGGACUGGUGCAAUCGCAGGUCGGACGAAAUGGAAAGAGCCGCAUCGUCCUCCCUGGAAGUCGACGUUGGUGGGGUGAAUAGUGAGAGCAGCAAGAAGACGGAGCGGGAAGACGCGGCGAAACCGAGAAGCGCGAAAGUGCCGGCGCAAGACACGCACGCGGAUUUUUUGCAAUUCGAACUGCGGCCUUCAUCUUGGCAGGAAAGAAUCAAGUCGUUGUUUUGUGGAUGUGGAGGUGAACGUGAACAGGAUAGUACCGAAACCGAAAUAACGAGCGAGUUCGUCCCGUCGAAGUCGAGCGGCUCGUCCUUGUCCUCGUCGGAGGAGACCGAUGCGGAAAUGCCGGAUCUUGAACCAGUGCCACCCCCUACCAAGCUGUCGGAAAAAUGUGAAAAGAGUCUCGACACGUUAAAUCGACAGAUUACAAUACACCAGAAGAAUCACCGUCAAUUAAACAGGAAGCAGACCACUUCCAUUCACAGAAACAAAAUUGUGGAAUACAUCACUGGCAGGGGCUCGAGGAAGUUGAAAACCGCGACGAAUUGCGUCAUAAUCGACUGUCAUCGUUUUCUCGAGAGCACCCCUGAAAUAGACCUUACUAUCAGGAGUGCGCACCGUCUCCUCUACCGAGCUGACGCGCUGAGACCUUGGUCUUGGUGGAGCUCCUUUGUCGAGAAACAGCACGACACGGCCGACGUCGGUGACCUGAAGAAGGACACAACUUCCCCGGCGGAGCCAGGUUUUGACCGCGGCGCGAUGGCGGGAAAAUCCAGUAGCAAGACCAUUCCCGAUCAAGAGACUACUUCCGGGAGGAUCGACGGACCCGCUGCCGGUUUAGCCCACGGCCACGACACCGUGGGCGAAGGAUUCGCCAGGGACGACGGCGUGCUGGUGACGAACGCUGCGCCGGGGGUCGCCGGGACCGGACAGGAGACCGGAACGAGCCCUGGCGAGUCAGGUGGCGACGCGACAAUUCAGGCGGAGCGCGAGGGCGGGAGGUUCGAUGAUCACGAGCAAAGCUAGGGGAGUGCGAUGUGGACUUUUGUUCUUCUCUGGCUCACCUUGGUAGCUCCUACAGUACCGAAGAAGCUUGUGCUGAAUUGUUCUUCUUCAGAAGUUCAGAGCUUUGAAGUUAGGCUUUACGCAAUACGCAGUACCAUGAACAACUUUUGAUUGAGAUUUGCGAUAAGUUCAUGCGAUGCGAUUCCAAUAGCAGCGAAUUUUAUAAUCAAUACGAGUCGUAUUGAACCUGCACAGCAAUCGAUGAAAUUCGUAUUGCUCCCGUUGCUCGCAUUGGUCGCCUCGUAUUGACGUGGCGCCAGGACACCGAAGAUGGUCGGCUCAGGCGCCUGCCCCGCUUGAUAUACCGCGAUCCCGUCGCAUAAAACGACGGCGCGCUGCUUUGAAACUUUAAAAAGCUGCCGCGCCACUUCAAAAAAAAACUCGGCGCCGCGCCUGCGGCGCGGCUUUUCCUUUUGGUAAAUAAGAGCGAAUAGAUGAGAACUGCUGGUGAGCACGUGUUGGCGACGCCACUGCCCUCAAAUACGCCCGUAAAGCGGCGCCGCUCCUUUUGCGCCGCUGGCUCAUAUGCUUUGCCGCAUGAGCUUCAGGGGCCGGGCAGAGUCAAGAAUCGCCGCUAUUCACCGGCGCCCGAGCUGGUUCCAUGCUUGGGCCUGCGUAGCAUGCGCCAACCACAGCCGUAGUAGGACUGUUUUGGGCGGGGGCUGCCGCUGCAGAGCGGGGACGCUACUACACCCAUGCAACGAGCCGUAUGCGCGUGGCCCUGCGUUCUAGAUGGGGUAGUCAGUGGACUCAGACUAGUAACAGGCUCAGUUAGAAGUAGGGGAGCCUCUGUCCCGAGGUUUAGAUAGUUUUCCCGGUCAGAGGGGACGUGGACCAGACCGCGCAGCAUGCUGCGCGCUCGUAUUGUGUCAUCUUAGAGGAGAGAUCCCUAGGAAGAUAGCAGCACCAGGCGCGGGUCCGCACAUUUUCAAAUGGAAGCACGGGCGGGAUGUAUCGGCGACAGGGAGGCAGGAGCCGGCGACCGCGCUCGUAUGCGAUUCGUAUUGGUCCGAUUGCUCGUAUUGGUCGCCUCGUAUUGACCCUGGAACCUUAUAAAAUUCGCUGCAAUAGGGUGCUGGAGUACUACGGCGCAGAAAUAAUUCAGCGACAGGGCCUAUGGAUGCAACGUCGGCAAUAAAGCUUUCGCGCGUUUGCUUUGUGUACGAUGCAAACGCAACAGGUGGAAUUUGUGGACAAACAGAGAUGCAGAGGUGGAAUAGUUGUGUAGCUGUCGUAAUUUCAAUUCCUCGCUUUUAAUGCGACGACAGACACGAUGCAAGCAAGAGCAACUGAGAGAAGGACCAAAAAAAGUGGAAUCUCAAAGCGGUUGAGCUACCGCCGCAUGCAAAACGACGUUGCAAAAGUUCAAUUAGUUUUCCGACGCGUUGUUAUCCAUUUUUCGAGGUAGGAAAGUCAAGGUAAAUCCACACUCUUCAAGGUAAGUCAAGGUAAAACGUCGCUCAAUAAUGUUUUAAAGCUCGAGGCCCAAGAACAAGGCAUGGCACGGAAUAACAGCAGCUCCAUCGUGUUUCGUGUUUGUGCUCUAAAAGGAAUUGAAAAAGUAACGACAGAAGAUCCUAAAGGAAUCUCAUGUAGAGCAACGCACUACAUAAAAUGGCAGACACUUGACACACAUAAAGAGGAGGUUGUUGGUCUCCGGUCCUCGGUCCUCACUCCAUCACGAGGUAAUAUUUGAGGAGAUAAGAAGGGAGAAGCACCAGACACAUAAGAAGGAGGUUGUUGGUCUCCGGUCCUCGGUCCUCAUUCCAUCACGAGGUAAUAUAUGAGGAGAUAAGAAGGGAGAAACAUCAGUCACAUAAGAAGGAGGCUGGUGGUCUCCGGUCCUCGGUCCUCACUCCAUCGCGAGGUAAUAUUUGACGCGAUAAGAAGGUAGAAGCGCCAGACACAUAAGAAGGAGGUUGUUGGUCUCCGGUCCUCGGUCCCCACUUCGUCACGAGGUAAUAUAUGACGAGAUAAGAAGGCAAAAGCGCCAGACACAUAAGAAGGAGGCCGAUGGUCUCCGGUCCUCGGGCCUCAGUUCAUCUGGGGGCAAUUAAUACGCGACGGGACAAGAAGGGAGAAACAUCAGACACAUAUGAGGGAGGUUUGUGGCCUCCGGUCCCGGUAGCCGGCCCGCCGGUGUUGCUAGUACCUCCCUCGCAAAGUGCUGGCCCGCUGCAGCGAUUCUCAGCACAUCUACAGACUCCGCGAGCCGCUGUGCUGCCGUCCCAGACGCGGGCCGACUGGCGUUCCCACUUUUGCGCCGGCGCAUGUGGCUCCGAAGCCGAUGCCGCUGUGUCUGAGAAGUCGACCUCCAUCCGCUCUGUUAUUACAGUACAGCUACAGCGCCCGGAUACAGCCCGUUUUGCGCGCCCAGAGAUCUUUCUCGACCGACGGCGCGAUCAUGCCGAGCUCGCGUCGCUUCUCCUCUGAUGGCGUUGGUUCCCCCUCCGCUGCCACCUUCAGGGCCCUUGCGAGGGGUAGUCAACUGCCCACCGCCGGGCCGGAUGGGAAAACGAAAAAAAAACGCGCCGGCCUCUUUCGGCACCCCCCCCCGGGGGACCUCGUGCGCAACGACAUCCAUGCCGCCGCUGACGAAAGCCGGCCCGUGUAGCUGAAAACUGCUUGCUUCGCCCCCCUUUCGGCUGCGCUGCUAGCGUUGCUAAUGUGGUCCCUGGUUGUUCACCGUCUGGCCAGCGGCGGGCGGCCCGUUGGUACGACACGACGUCCGGCGAGCGGCAGGCAAAUACCCUCCCGGCCCGGCAGGCUUGUCAGCGCGCGAGCCCAUUUGGCCGGACUGUGUUGCGUUCUUAGUGUAGGAAAGAGCUGAAAUCUUACAAAAUGGCCCAAAGUUUGCGCGCUGGAACGAAGCGAAGGGGGUGGCGUUCUCUUACGAAAAAAGGCUGCAUUUUGCCAGUCAGUAGCCCGCGCGCAUAUAGAUACGCCAUCACUCAUGUGGAGCAAGUAGCCGCACAUCCUUGAUGACAUCGAUCCAGUAGCGACACAGACGCGCAGCAGCGCCAGGGCCUCCUCCUGUGAAAUCACAGCACCGCGCGACCCGCAGCGAGUGCGUGGGUUGGCCGUUGGCGAGCAUUUCUGCGGCCCCGCAAAAAGCAAAAGGUGGCGAAGCAAGGCGAUGCUGAUACUCGUGUCGCUGCACGCGAGGGAACUUACCUGCCUGCCGCCUGCCUCCGUAGCUUGCAGGAAAUCUCCGGAGCGUUGUAGGCCGCCGCUUGCUGGAAAAAAACCUGCCGCAUUUUGAUGAUGAUGGCGCUGCGCUCGGGCUACGGCACACGAGCGCACGCUUUUGGACAGGUUUUCCCCGCGCGGCACUAGGUAUUUAUAGGCGCGCCGACUUUCGGAAACUCCUGCCACAUUCAAAUGCGCGCGCAGUUUCUUCGUGUAAAAGUACACCAAGGACCGAACUCAAAAGACAUCGCCGGCCUUUUCAGCCGGUCGGUGACCGAUAUACGCGAGCGCCGUUGGCCGACAUCUGCGCGGCGCGCCCGAGUUUCUUUGUGACAUGAGUGGCAAGAGAGAUCUUCUCUUGCUCGACAUAUGUACACCAGCACCAUCAUCACACACCGGCGACGAUGGUGGCACAAGAAGGCGCCCAAAUGGAACUGCCCACCUCGUUCGGCUCCGUCGCGUCAAACUCAAAACGGCGAGAAAUCGCCGCACACCGCCACGCUCUUUGAUCCGGGGCUGUGCUUCGCACGUAGUCGCUUCACUUCGCCCACUCUUUCGCUCAGAGUCGCCUCGCUUCACUUCUACGCUUUAGCCAGUGUCGGUUUGGGAAAGCUUGCCCGGCAAGUGAAGCCGACUAGUGACGCUGUCUCGCGCGCGUCCUCUGCUUCGUUCCGUCGCGUCAAAACAGCGAGGGACCAACUUGGCCGAGAGUUCGACUGCGAGCGCUGCGGAAAGACAUCAGGCAGGCGAGUAGGGCAGUGCCCGACUCGCUUGCUACCCACUUAGACUCGCUGUCUCCCACUCCUUCGCACAUAGUCGCGGCCUUUGUUCCUGGGCUGUUCUUCGCACAUAGUCAGUCCGUUUCGCUCUCUCACUCGAUCGCACGUAGUCACUUCGCUCCACUUCUACGCUUUUCUUUGCCAGUGUCGGCGGAGUAGAAAUGAAAAGGGGCCACCUCGGAAGCAAUCUACUAGUCAACAACUUGGGAGGAGAUAUACUUUCGCCCUGACAUCUGCGUCCACAAUUCCGCCGCCUCCGAUCGUGCGCGUUCUGAUGAUGAUGCGCCGAGCUGUGAGGUCUGGGCUGUAAGUGAGUCUAUCAGCUUCCCUGUCCUGCUUUGGUUUUGGGAAAUGAAAAAAAACCGGCUUGCGUGGUGGAUGAAAGUCGUAGAAUAAGAAAACGGAUCUGGAUGCAUUUGAAGGCGGUGCUGAUCUUCUGCGCCGAAUUGGUCUGAAGUGGGUGCGUUGAUCUUCUCACUAUCUCAAUCUGUGUCAUAUUGGAGCAAGUAGCGGACUUUCUGUAAAGGAUGGGAGCGCUCCGCUCUGCACAUUGCAGAAAGCCGAGAAGUAAACUGCAAUCCGCCAACGUGAUCCCUCGUAUUAUCUUGCUCGACGGCAUUGCUCAAACCGCGACAGCUCGGCCCUUUCGCUUCGUAAGAGCCGUAGUAAAGCUCGCAGGGUGCUGCUGCUGCUGAAGCAGGAGCCUGAUACUUGACAAGCCCAGAAGAAUACUGCCACGGAAGACAAAUGGCCGAUCGCCUGGCUUGGAUAGCUUUCUCGCUUUUUUUCUCUCGUGCCUGGGCAUGGCGUCAAAUGUUCAAGGCCCAUUGCUUUCAUCUCCAUCCAUUUGGAUAACUCUAGAGACCGGACCUCGCCCGUUAUGCCGUGUGGCCUGCUUCUGAUUCUUAACUUGAUUUAAUUAUCGGGAUCGUCAAAGCUGUGACGACGGUGCCACUUUUAAACUUCCCGAUCUGCUCGCUUGGGAAGGACCUCAGAACCAACGCGAUUGCGGUUGAUUUCCUCCGCGGUGCUCUUCUGGCUGCUACUACCGUAGCGCUGCAGAUCCUCAAAAAUGACCUUCGAGAGCGCUCUUGAUUGACUGCUGCCACUGUUGCGGCACUCCUGCUGUUUUGAAGAGGAGCGAGGUGCCAUAUUGGGGUGGUGUUGAUGAUCUGCCUGCGAUUUCGUAGGAGGAGCAACGCUGGGCCGAGUGUGCCGCCGGAGGAUCGCAGGGGCCCUAGCUUUAUCGAGUGCGUUCGCCAUAGAGAAUCGGGCGGCUUUUCGCAGCGACAGCUCAGAGCACCUCCAUCGCCUUCAACGGUGCUACAGCUCUGAAGAAGAAAAAGGGCGCGCGCGCCUGAAUUCUUCCAAUGGCGGCCGACAUGGCCCCAGCGACUUGCUCCUCCAGAACUGUAACUGGCGAGCGAAAAAAUAACAAAAAACACACGAAAAAGCUCCGCACUUUCGCGGGCGUCCGGACCGAGGACCGGAGGCCAACAGACUCCCGCUCAUGUGUGUCCCCCUUCUCCUUUCUUCUCUCUUUAUAUAUUGCCUCGCGAGGGACUGGGGGCCGAGGAUGGGAGACCAACAAGCCCCCUCCUAUGUGUCUGGGCUUUCUGCCUUCUUAUCUCGUCAGCCAUUACCUUGCGAGGGACUGAGGACCGAGGACCGGAGACCAAGAAACCCCCUUUCAUGUGUCUCAGCUUUCUACCUUCUUAUCUCGUCAGGUAUUACCUUGCGAGGGACUGAGGACCGAGGACCGGAAACCAAGAAACCCCCUUUCAUGUGUCUCAGCUUUCUUCUUUCUUAUCUCGUCAUGUAUUACCAUGCGAGGGACUGAGGACCGAGGACCGGAGACCAAGAAACUCCCUUUCAUGUGUCUCAGCUUUCGACCUUCUUAGCUCUUCAAGUAUUCCCUUGCGAGCGACUGAGGACCGAGGACCGGAGACCAAGAAGGCCCCUCUCAUGAGUUGCGAGGAAGGUUCUUCCUUUUGCGGAAGUUGAGCGGUUGAGUGUUGUUUGUUGUUGUUGCAGUUCUUGCUCAAGUAGAGAAAAAACGUCAAUCACGAUGGAGCUGCUGUUAUUCCGUACCAUGCCAAGAACAAGGCUUCCCAGUUUUUCUGAAAGGUUUUUUCUCGGUAGGGGUUUGGCAGGUGUAAGGUCAUCAAAAAAAGCUGAAUAUGUAUUUCAGUUAUCUUGCUUCAAGUAGGUAACUCCCUCCGGUUCUGUUGUCUGCUGAAAAGAGAAAGAAAUUUUGAACCAAACGCGAACGCUUCUCGGUCAUUUCAUGGCCGAUCCUGGAGCUGCGAGUGCGUGGCUUCAGUUUCGAGUCCGAGUCGGGGAGCAGAUAGACGCCCGCCACUCGAUCAUCCGAAGUCCGAAGCCCAUGAAAUGAUCACUCGCGCCGAGACGCCAGCUUUACUUGGUACAAAUUGAAAGGAGCAAAUUGGAAUUGCGAUCCGGAAAAUAAGUACCGCCUUGAUUUGGUUACAGAAACAGAACAUCCAGUGGCGUUUCCAAAUCGAUAAACCAGCGGUCCAGAUCUUGCCAGAAAAGAUAUUCAGAUUGCUUAUUAAUUUUUCGGAAUCAGGUAAUGGCUAAGUUUGAAUAGUUGCUUUUAGAUCGUUUAUUUUUUUUUCAGAAGUAGAUGACUUUCACAUUUUGUUUUUAAGAUUAGAGUUGCAGAUGACAUGAAAGAUCAAUGGAGAGAAGGAAAUGAGAUUGCGAUGGAUCUUGUAGGGCCUUGAAAUUUGACGCCAUGCCCGGGCAUGGU